GCUGAACUCAGAGCGGCUGUGUUCUUGGCUCUGGAAGAGCAAGAAAAGGUGGAGAACAAAACUCCUUUGGUCAAUGAGAGCUUGAAAAAGUUUUUAAAUACAAAAGAUGGUCGUUUAGUGGCUAGUCUCGUCGCAGAAUUUCUUCAGUUUUUUAACCUUGACUUCACUUUGGCUGUUUUCCAUCCUGAAACUAGUACACUUCAAGGUCUUGAAGGUCGGGAGAACUUAGCCCGAGAUUUGGGUAUCAUUGAAGCAGAAGGCACUGUAGGUGGACCCUUAUUGUUAGAAGUGAUUCGACGCUGUCAACAGAAAGAGAAAGGGCCUGCCAAUGCGGAAGGUGCAUUGGAUCUGUCUGAUGGACAUCCUCCAUCAAAGUCACCCGAAGGAAAAAUAAGCGCCAACUCUACCCCAAGUAAGAUACCAAGGUAUAAAGGCCAAGGUAAGAAGAAGACAAGCGGGCAGAAGUCUGGUGACAAGAAGACCAACAGCGAGAGCAGUCAGAGCGAGCCCAGUAGUAUCUCCUUAUCAGAGCCAAGGAGCAAGAGCAGCCUUCACUCCCUGGCCCAGGAGACACGAAUCGCGUCCUUCUUGAGCAGCAGCACUUUAGAUGCAAAAGACAAAGGUGUUCUUUGUGGGGAGGAAGAUGAUGCAGAAGGAGACUCUUUCUUUGAUGAUCCCAUUCCUAAGCCAGAAAAAACCUAUGGUUGGAGAAAUGAACCUAGGAAGCACGUUGGAAGUCUGGCCUCACUCUCUGACAUACCCCCCUUCAGGAGUGGUCUCAGCUCCCUGGCAGGAGCCCCUUCAUUAACAGAUACUGAGAGUAAAAGAGGAAGCACCGUCCUAAAGGAUCUGAAGUUGGUCAGUGAGAAAAUCGGAUCACUUGGGCUAGGAACUGGAGAAGAUGAAGAUUAUGUUGAUGAUUUUAAUAGUGCCAGCCAUCGCUCAGAAAGAAGUGAGUUAAGUAUUGGUGAAGAAAUUGAAGAAGACCUUUCCAUGGGAGUAGACGAUGUCAACACCAGUGAUAAACUCGAUGACCUCACUCAGGACCUGACUGUUUCCCAGCUCAGUGAUGUGGCGGAUUAUCUGGAAGACGUUGCAUAGACAGGAAAAGGAAGUAUUCUGACCAACAGAAGAGAACAGACUUGUCGGCUCCGUGGCCCCCAGUCAGUCACUCUUGCUGGAAUGUACGCUCCUGCUGGUGCCUUGCAUUUCAAAGACUGCAGAUAUUUUUAAAAGUUAACUUUUCAGUUUAGUAAACAAAAUACUUCCUAUAUGAGCCCAUGUCUAGGAGGUUAAUACUCUUCAUUUGGUUUAGCUGUAUAUCGCCAAGGAGCUUGUCUAUAUUCAGGUGCAUUAUAGCAAGGAAACCCCUGAAAUACCAGUGUUAAAGAGCAGAAAGCGGGGUCAGUACAGCCGCAGUUUGUCACUGUAUCUCUGGCUGCUGCAGAGAUCUCUGAAACCUCACAUUAGCCACGGAAAGCUAACCCACUUAAUGUACAUGAGGUGAGUUAGCCCGAAGUUGGCGAACUGACCUGAUAAAUCUGUGAUGCUGAAGUGUAUCAGUUCAAACUAAAUUGGAUGUGUGAACUUUAUUUUGUAUUUCCUUCCAUUUGGAAGGUCUGUUAGACCAUUAAGGUUAUAUUAUAAGUACUCUGUGCUAUUAGUUUUGCUUGUUUUAAACUAGAAGUGGUUAGGACGUAGUUCAUAGACUUGUCAAUAACAGUUAAAGUUUAAGGUCACAUUUCAUCCUGCUGUCUGUAAGCAACUGUAGACACAGAUUACUUCAUUACAGUCUUAAUUUAUUUCUAAAGAUGCCUUGAAACAUUCAGUACCAAAAUGCAUCUGAAACCAUUAAGCAAUGCUUUUAUUUCAGAUCUGUAAGUUGAUUAUAUUUAAAUCCAAAUUGGAAUGAAAUAGUAGUAAUGGCCUAAGACCAUGUAUAUCCUGUUUGACAAACUUUGUAUACUGUACAUAAUUGCAUCGUAGUCCUUUAAAAAUAGAGCCAAUAAUAGAAUUUCUGGCAUAUUUAGAUCAUAUUGUAGUAGAGUUUCAGGGAUGUAGGCUGCUGGUGUUUGUAAUGCUAAAAUACUUAAUUGUGCAAGGAGGAAACUCAGUCCUAUUCAUGUACAGUCAUAACGCAGCUAAGUAAAAUUUAGGAGUUGUGAAACUUUGAUACAUUUUAUUUCAAUUGUGACUGUUAAAAGUUACCUUUAUUAAUAAAAAAGAGAAAUUAGAAAUCCAUCCAUGUUGAAUAAGUGAGCAGAGGCUGUGUAUCAGUGCCACUUUCCAUUCCAUUAUUGCUAAGUAGAGCUAGUGACAUUCAUCAGACUGAGAGUUCAGAGGAAAUGAAAAUGUAGUAAAGAUCUCUUUCUGACAGUAGAGUCUGGCUUCUUAAAACUUGAGUGAAACUGAACUAUAAACAUCAAGAGGAAGUAGGACAGAAAAUGGACCGUGUGGCCUGGAAGCCCCUGUGUAUUUCUGUCCUCAGUCUGCCCUGACAUGGUGCUGUCUGUCUUUUCAUGCUGUACUCUUAGAAACAGUGCUGUAUGAGGACACUGUCUGCUUGUUAGAAACUGCACUACCCUGUGUCGUCUCUUCACUGCUUUGUAAGCACACUGGAGCCGGUGGGCCCCUGGGGUCUGGAGCAGCUGUAUGAUUUAAUAGUUGGUAGGCACUACAAGUGAGUGAACUGACCUUCAAGCAUGGCAGGAUGUGGCUUUUUAUAUUUGAGGAAGACUUUCCAACAGUCAGAUAUGAAAUUUGUCACUUUCUAUUACCCAGUGACUGACAUUUUGCUAAUUCUUGAGAACGUGGAGUGAAAAAGCCAAACUGCAACUUUGUGGUCAGCACUACAUAAAGGUAUUGAAUAAUUCUGAACAAUGUGAAAUUCAACAAGCAGGAAGCUGUUUCCAAGUAUUCCCUGCCUAGGUAUUGUUAACCUGUUAAACUUGAACAGGGUCUGCAUAUAGUAAUGUUUCUUUUGUUUGAAAUGAAUUAAAGUGUUGAUCAGUGGUCACCUGUA